GAGGCGGCGGCCACCGCGGCGGCGCUGGCGGUGGCGGACGGCGGGGAGGGCGCGUGGCAGCGCCCCGCGGGGGUGUUCGAUCUCCCGUGGCAGAAGUGCCGCAACGGGCUCGGCUUCGGCGGCUGCUGCGGGUGGGAGCUCCGCGACGUGUUCUUCCGCUCGCUCGUGGACGGGCGCGCGGCGGCGAUCGGGGUGCCAGGCGACCGCCUCUCCCCGCCGCCCAGCAAGCGGACGCUCUUCGACGACUUGGACGCGUGGCUCGCCGCCGCCGGCGACGGCGAGGUGGACCCGCUCUGGCGCUCCGUGCUCGAGGGGGCCAAGCCCGCCGCAUGA